AUGGCAACACCCGAUGUGGCUCCUCAAUUUGGAGCGGAACUAAAGGAUGCAUUCAAGCCAGUCAACAAUUGGGUCUCCCACGGGGUACAAUGGCUCGACGAGAUACAACAGUUCUACCGGGAACGGAGCGCCAUCGAAAAGGAGUACGCCGCCAAGCUGACGGCCCUUUGCCGAAAAUACCACGAUCGCAAAGCCAAGAAAAUAAGCGCAUUGAGCGUCGGAGAUACUCCAACCAUGACUCCAGGCUCCCUCGAAAGCGCCUCACUUACCACUUGGACUACGCACCUGACAGCCGUUGAAUCGCAUGCGGGGGAACGUGAUCAGUUCGCUACAGACCUCGUUUUCCAGGUUGCGGAACCUCUGAAACAAGCUGCGACGCAAUAUGAGGAAAUCCGAAAGUCUCACGUCGAAUUUCAUGCGAAGCUGGAAAAGGAAAGAGACGCUGCCUACGGCGACCUCAAGAAGGCAAAGGGCAAAUACGAUGGGGUGUGCCAAGAAGUGGAGGGUAGGCGGAAAAAGAUGGAGAAUUCGUUCGAUCAUAGUAAACCCAAGGCCCAGGCUGCAUAUCAGCAGCAGAUCUUGGAAAUGAACAACGUCAAAAAUACGUACCUCAUCAGCAUCAACGUGACGAACAAGUUGAAGGAACGGUUCUACCACGAAUACGUCCCGGAGCUACUAGAUAGCCUGCAAAACCUCAACGAAAUGCGCGUAUCCAAGUUGAAUUCGCUAUGGUCACUUGCAGCGCAACUGGAGAAGUCUUCUCUGUCUAAGAGUAUGGAACAUAUGUCCCAUCUACUCAACGAAAUCCCACGGAAUGUCCCACACCUCGAUUCACUCAUGUUCUUGCGCCACAAUGUCAGCCAGUCACAGGAACCACCUAACAUGACCUUCGAGCCGAGCCCUAUUUGGCACGAUGACGAAGCGCUUAUCACCGACGAGACUGCAAAGGUCUUCUUGCGCAACCUGCUCAGCAAGAGUAAAACGCAAGUUCGGGAACUAAGGGUCGAGGCCGACCAGAAACGCAGGGACGUCGAAACAUCCAAGCGGAUCCGCGAGAACAUCCAACAAGGCAAAGACAACCGUAGCGAGGUCGAUAUAGUCCGAUCUAUCUUCUACCUGCAGGGCGCUUUGCAUGAAGCGGAGCGCAAGAAGCUCACUGCCGAAGUCGAAACAUCUACGAUUAUGUCAGUAGUAGGUGAUCUAUCGUUGGGUGCCAAGAAUCACAACUUCAAGUCGCAAACGUUCAAAAUCCCGACCAAUUGUGACCUCUGCGGGGAGCGGAUAUGGGGACUCUCGGCGAAGGGGUUCGAUUGCCGGGAUUGCGGGUAUACUUGUCACAGCAAAUGCCAAAUGAAAGUCCCUGCCGAAUGUCCUGGCGAACAGAGUAAGGAAGAGAAAAAGAAGCUCAAAGUGGAACGACAAGAACAGGCCAAUGCUACGCCACAACUCGACCUUGAGCCGACAACGACUGGUUCAUCUGCCGCGCCGUCCCUAACUCGGAAGGAUACGAUGAACUCAUUGAGUUCUGGGUAUGCAGUUAGUGCUAACCGGUCGUUGUCCAACGCCGCCAGCCAGCCCGCGUUGGCUAGCCCGACCGAAUCGGCUGUUCCAUCCCCAGUGCCAGAAGCGGCGGCAACUCCGGCCCCUGUUCAGGAGACCAAGCCUAAGAGAAAUAGGGUUUUAGCUCCACCACCUGCACAAUAUGUUAAGGCUCCGCCAGUAGCUGAAUCAACGAAGCCAAGCGAACCACGCGGGAAGAUGAUCUAUCCAUUCCAAGCCGGAGGGGCCGACGAGAUAACCGUUCAAGACGGGGAUGAUGUAACUAUUGUUGAACCGGAUGAUGGGUCUGGAUGGAUGCGCGUCCGUGUUGGCUCGGCCGAGGGUCUCGUCCCAGCCUCCUACGUGGAACCGGCACCCGCGGCGUCCGUAGCGCCUGCGAGCCCCGGGAUGGCUGACCGCCCGGGGUCCACUUAUUCCAGCUCCUCUGCCUCAAUGGUAGGUAGUGCUGCGGGCAAGAAGGUUGGACCAGCUGUGGCUCCUCGCCGGGGCGCUAAGAAGCUCAAGUACGUGGAGGCGUUGUACGACUACGAGGCUCGCAGCGACAUGGAAUGGAGCAUGGCGGAAGGCGAUCGCUUUGUGCUGGUCAACCGAGACAGCGGUGACGGAUGGGCCGACGUGGAAAGAGGGGGAGUGACCAAGAGUGUGCCCGCCAACUACAUCCAGGAGGUGUAG